AUGCCCAGUGCUUGGCUUUUGCAGGUGAAGCUGACCGCACAGACGGCUGCUGGGUUUGUGUCUGACUUCUACACGCUCCCCGUGGGGAUCCGCACCGUGGCUGUCACAGAGAGCCAGUUCCUCAUCAACGGGAAGCCUUUCUAUUUCCACGGGGUCAACAAGCAUGAGGAUGCAGACAUCCGAGGGAAGGGCUUUGACUGGCCGCUGCUGGUGAAGGACUUCAACCUGCUUCGCUGGCUGGGCGCCAAUGCCUUCCGCACCAGCCACUACCCCUACGCAGAGGAGGUGAUGCAGCUCUGCGACCGCUAUGGGAUCGUGGUCAUCGACGAGAGUCCCGGCGUGGGCAUCGUGCUGGCCCAGAGCUACAGCAACGUGUCUCUGCAGCACCACCUGGAGGUGAUGGAGGAGAUGGUCCGCAGGGACAAGAAUCACCCGGCUGUUGUGAUGUGGUCUGUGGCCAAUGAACCUGCUUCCUUCCUGAAACCGGCUGGUUACUACUUUAAGACGCUGAUUGCCCACACCAAAGCCUUGGACCCCUCCCGGCCCGUGACCUUUGUGACCAACUCCAACUAUGAAGCAGACCUGGGGGUGCCAUAUGUGGACGUCAUCUGUGUGAACAGUUACUACUCCUGGUAUCAUGACUACGGACACAUGGAGGUAAUUCAGCUGCAGCUGGCAACCCAGUUUGAGAGCUGGUAUAAGACCUACCGGAAGCCAAUUAUUCAGAGCGAGUACGGAGCAGAAACCAUCACAGGGUUUCACGAGGAUCCACCUCUGAUGUUCAGUGAAGAGUACCAGAAAGGCCUGCUUGAGCAGUAUCACGUGGUUCUGGAUCAAAAACGAAAAGAAUAUGUGGUUGGAGAGCUUGUCUGGAAUUUUGCUGAUUUUAUGACUGACCAGUCGCCACAGAGGGCGAUAGGGAAUAGAAAAGGGAUCUUCACUCGUCAGAGACAACCGAAAAGUGCAGCAUUCCUGUUGCGGGAGAGAUACUGGAAACUUGCCAAUGAAACCAAGUACCACCGGUCAGCUGUGAAGUCACAAUGUGUGGGAAACAGCCCGUUUACUUUUUAAGCAAGAACUACCUCUCUGCUGACACCGGCUCUGUCAGCCCCUCCUUCCCAAGUAGGGGGCGACUUCCACAGGACACAGAGCAAGCGCUUCCUGGACUGUGCAUGGCAGACCAGGAAGUUUCUGGUCUGGAUUUUGUGGUCAUUUGCUAGAAGGAACAUUAGAGGUGAAAAUAAAGGCUUUUGUAGUAUGAGAAUAAAGAGUUGGCUUAAAAGUGACCAUCCAUAAAUUCAAUGAUCUGUACUGCUGAA